ACCAAUCACCAUAUCCCAUGUUUCGCUUAUUUACAAGCUCACGUGUAUAAAAGCUCUCACUUCCUCUGAACCUCACUCUAUCAUAACUCCUCCACAUUUAUUUUCAACUUUCCCUCCGCCUUUCCUCGUAGCAAAAGCUCCCUCAAUUUCCUUGUUUUCAACGGUUUAUAGAGAAAGAUGAGUUCUCUACUUUGCAGAUCUGUUUCUAGAGCUGCCAGGUCUCUCCUUUCAGCUUCAAAGAACGCUCGCUUUUACUCUGAAGGACGAGCUGCAGCUGCCGUGGCUGCAGUUUCAUUGAAUGGGAAGUUACCUUUCCUAGCAGCCUUCCAUGGAAGAUCUGAUUCUGGAAAUGCAUCUAGGAGUUGGGUUUCUGGAGUUCUUGCCCUUCCUGCCGCAGCUUACAUGCUUCAGGAGCAGGAAGUACAUGCUUCAGAGAUGGAGCGUACCUUCAUUGCUAUAAAACCCGAUGGAGUGCAGAGAGGACUGAUUUCAGAAAUCAUUUCUCGAUUUGAGCGCAAGGGGUUCAAGCUUGUGGCAAUCAAAGUAGCGGCUCCUUCAAAGGCAUUUGCCCAGAAGCAUUAUCACGAUCUGAAGGAAAGACCCUUCUUUAAUGGCUUGUGUGACUUCCUCAGCUCUGGUCCUGUAGUUGCCAUGGUCUGGGAAGGAGAAGGAGUAAUAAGAUAUGGCCGAAAACUCAUUGGAGCUACAGACCCUCAGAAAUCUGAACCUGGAACAAUCAGAGGUGAUCUGGCUGUUGUUGUUGGAAGGAACAUCAUACACGGCAGUGAUGGCCCAGAGACUGCCAAGGAUGAGAUCAACUUGUGGUUUAAACCAGAGGAAUUGGUUAGUUAUACAAGCAAUGCAGAGAAAUGGAUCUAUGGAGAUAACUAAUCAAAUUUUGUUAUUCCUUCUGAAAAUUUAAGUCCCACAUGGAAGAGUGGGGUAGAAAAAUAGUGUUUUUAGAAUAAAUAUGUUUUUCAUGGAGGUGAAAAUUUUCCUGCCUAGACAUCCAGAACUAGUUUCGGAAAUAAUCCAAGCAACCUGAUUUUCAAUUCGCUGCAA